GAAGCAAACAAACAAACAACAAAGCAAAGCACCUCAAAAAGUAGACCCCUCCCCGCUAUUCCAUAACAUCGCGACUACAACAGCUUUCCCCAUCCAACAUCAUAUUCAUAUUCUCUCUCUCUCUCUCUCCCUCUCUCGACAUGGGAUUCUGUUUCUCAAAGUUAUGCAGGAAAUCGAGAGACAUUCCGAUAUCAUCAUCCUCAGAUACAGAGUCCCCGUCUCUCCCUUACAAUCAGCACUUCCCCUUCCACGACGCAGCGCCGCCGCCGCCGCCGCCGCCACCCGCUCCACUCCCAUCAACCGUGGGCCGCAUUCUCGGAAAACCAUACGUGGACAUAAGCAGGCUGUACGAGCUGGACAAAGAGCUCGGCAGAGGGCAGUUCGGCAUCACUUAUCUGUGCACAGAUAAGGCCAGCGGCAUGAAAUACGCCUGCAAAUCCAUCCCAACCAAAAAGCUGAUAACCCAAAAGGACGUGGACGACGUGAAGAGGGAGAUCAUGAUCCUGCAGCAUCUGACCGGGCAGCCCAACAUCGUGGAGUUCAGAGGCGCAUAUGAGGACAGCAAGAAUCUGCAUUUGGUGAUGGAGCUCUGCUCCGGCGGCGAGCUCUUCGACCGGAUCACCGCCAAGGGGAGUUAUUCCGAGAAGGAGGCUGCCAGGAUCGGGAGACAGAUUGUGAAUGUGGUUCACGUUUCUCACUUCAUGGGCGUUAUGCAUCGUGAUUUGAAGCCCGAGAAUUUCUUGAUGGUCAGCAGAGACGACCACUCGCCCUUGAAGGCUACCGAUUUCGGCCUCUCUGUCUUCAUCGAGUCAGGAAAAGUUUAUAGAGAUCUAGUGGGCAGUGCUUACUAUGUGGCCCCUGAGGUAUUGCGAAGAAAUUAUGGCAAGGAAAUCGAUGUGUGGAGUGCUGGUGUCAUACUCUACAUACUGCUCAGUGGAUUUCCUCCUUUUUGGGCUGAGACAGAAAAAGGCAUAUUCGAAGAAAUAUUGAAGGGACGUUUAGAUCUGGAAAUGUCUCCGUGGCCUUCCAUAUCAGAUGGUGCCAAGGAUCUUAUCAGGAAAAUGCUAACCAUAAAUCCCAAGAUGAGAAUUUCUGCUGCCCAAGCACUUGACCAUCCAUGGCUCAAGGAAGACGGCGACGCAUCCGACAAACCCAUCGACAGCGCUGUCCUAAUCAGAAUGAAGCAAUUUAGAGCCAUGAACAAGCUCAAGAAGGUCGCUCUCAAGGUUAUUGCAGAAAGCAUGUCGGAAGAAGACAUCAAGGGAUUGAAACAAAUGUUUGAUAACAUUGAUACUGAUGGAAGUGGAACUAUCACAUACGAAGAACUCAGAACUGGCUUGACCAAGCUAGGCUCCAAGCUGAACGAAGCAGAACUCCAACAACUCAUGGAAGCUGCUGAUGUUGACAAGAAUGGGACGAUAGACUAUGUGGAGUUCAUCACUGCAACCAUGCAUCGGCAUAGACUGGAGAAAGAAGAGAAUUUGUACAAGGCUUUUAAGUAUUUUGACAAGGAUGAUAGCGGAUUUAUUACAAGAGAUGAGCUGAGACAAGCCAUGACACAAUACGGGAUGGGGGAUGAAGCUACGAUCGACGAGGUUCUUGACGAUGUCGAUACAGACAAGGAUGGGAAGAUCAAUUACGACGAAUUUGUGGCGAUGAUGAAGAAAGGAACGGUGGAUUCUCCUCAACAAUUAAAGAUGGAAUAAUUGCUACAAAUUUGUAAUAAUCUUAGCGCCUGAGUGCAUGCAUGAGGAUGGUGUGGUUCAAUAUCAUUAUUAUACAAGAUUCAAUAUUGAAUCUGUGUGUAUUUCCGCCAUUUUGCUUCUAUUCAUAACUUGUUCCUUGUGGGCAUACUUUUGUACUUAUGCAAAUUAUCCAACUCCAUAAGUUCAAGUUCAACUUGAUUAUUUGA